AUGGCAGGAAACUUUAUUAAGAACGAAUUAUAUGAUGAUUUGGUUAAGUCUAGUGCAUAGCAAGCAAUUAAUACUCUUAAGCCAGGAUAGAAUCAAAACAUUUUUGAACAUCUAGAUCAAUAAAUACUCGAAACCUUGCUUAAAGAGAAUCGCUAAUUAAAACAAGAAUUCGUGAAGUAGAACAACGAGAUCGAAGAGUUAAGAGAAAAAGUAGACACUUUAACCUAUCUAGAACAAGAAGCCUCAGAAGAAAAUGAAGUGAUGCGAUACAAAGUCUUAUCUCUAGAGGCAUAAGCUUAAAUAGAGGGUGUAGAUACCUCUGAGUUAAAAAUAGUGGAUGGAAUAAGGAGAACCAAGAAUGAAUUACAGACUGAGUUAGAACUUUACAAGUCUUAGAUUUAGGGCUACAAAAUCCUGCUAAAUUAAUACGCCAAAACUGAUCUUACAUACAUAGAAGAUACACCAGAUUAGAAUGAGUAAACAACUGAUCCAAAGAUUAUCAUUGGCCAACUGAAGAUGCUGUAUGACUUGAAUAAAGUCGAGUUAACUGAAUAAGAUUAAAUAUCCAUUGCUUGCAGUCUUUAUCUAUAAGAAAAAGAGGUUGUGAGAUUUUACAGAGAGAAACUUUUUGAAAAUAUAGCCAAGAAAGCUAUUGAAUAAGCUGAGUUUCUCUAUAAAAAUAGAGGAAGUUAUAGACCUCAAGCUGAAAGUGGAGAUGAUAGAUCCUAAUCUAAGGUAUUCUUAGAAAAUAAGAGGCUUAAGAAGCUGGCUGAUUAGCUAAAUUAAGAGAUUAUUUAGUUGAAAGAAAGUAACUAGGAUAAGAAUUUAGCAUUAGAGGCAGUGAAGCAGCAUAAAAAUAAUCUAGAAAAUAAAAUAUCAGUGCUAAAUGGAUAGAUUUAAGAUCUUUAAUUGAACUACUUAAAUUUGAGAUAGUAAGCAAUUGAAAAUUAAGAGCUUACUAUGGACUAUAUUGAACCAAAUAUUAGACUUAUAAAUGACAAAGUAAAUUCAUAGAUGUCCUAGGUUAAACAGAGAGUUUAGGAGGCACACAAGGCAGUUUAUGAUAAGAAUAAAUAAAUAAAUGACUAUUUUCACCAAACUAACUCUUUAAGUUAACAGGUUCAAGAGUUAUAAAAGCAGCUAUAAGAGAAUUAAAAUAAUUCUAAGGCUAUAUAUGAAAAAAAUAGGCAAAUUGGAGAUUUAUUUAAUUAAAACAAUCAGCUUAAAACUGAGUCUAACUAAGCUUAAGAAAAAAUUGAUAAAGUUGAGGAUGAGAUGAAAAAGCUCUAGCAAAAGCUAAAACUAUCCUAGCAAGAUCACUAAUCAAAGAUAAGUGAACUCACUAUAUAGAAUAAAGAUCAAGAAAAAGAGCUGAACAGGCUAUAUAAGGAACUUAAAAGUGCAUAAAAUUAAAGAAAAUCCUCUGCUUAACAACAAAUUUUGCCAACUAUUGAGUAAAGUUAAAAUUAAAACUAAGAUAUCGGUUUGAUGCAACAAAGGGUUAAAGAAUUAGAGUAAAAUUUAGCUGCUAAGGAGUAAGAGCUAGUAAAAAUUUAAUAUGAUAAAAUGCUUAGAGAAAAACUUGGUAUAUAGUAAGAGUAAGUUAGUAAAGAGGUGGAAGAAGCUAGAAAAGCUGUAUAUGAGAAAAAUAAGAUGAUCAAUGAAUAAUACAACAAGAUCAGAGAACUUGAGGAAAAACUUAGUAAAUAAGAAACAGGAAAAGAUGUCAAAUAGGAGUAUGAUAAUAUGCUAAGGGAAAGAUUAGGUAUUAAAGACGAGCAGAUAUCAAAAGAAGUAGAAGAAGCUCGUAAAGCAGUUUUUGAAAAGAACAAGAUGAUUAAUGACUAAUACAAUAAGAUCAGAGAAUUGGAGGAAAAAUUAGGAUAAUAAGUUUAGAGCAAGAGUGUAAAGUAGGAAUAUGAUCAGAUGCUUAGAGAACGACUUGGAAUAAAGGAUGAGUAGAUUUCAAAAGAAGUGGAAGAUGCUCGGAAAGCUGUUUAUGAGAAAAAUAAGACUAUAAACUAAAUGGCAAAUGAAUAAAUGGAACUUAAGAGGAAAAUAGAAGAAUUGGAGAGAAAGGCUGGAAUAAUAAGUACAGAUACUAGCAACUCUUAAAAUUUAAAUUACUCGUCUGCAUCUUAAUCAUAACAAAAGCAUUAAACUCUAGAGAAUGACUUCUUUGGUGGUUUCUUUAGCUCAAUUUAAAAGUAGAUUUUUGGAGGGGAGGAAAAAUAAUAGUAGCAGCAGUAAUAAUAGAUACGUUAAAAUUUCUAAAAUUCAUAUCAGUAAAAUCUAUUCGAUGAGUAGCCUUUAUCUCAUAGUUAAGAGAAAAUCUAACAAAAGUAACAAUUAUAAGUAUCAAAUUCUAAAACAAAUGAAUUUGAUCCUUUGAGUUUUCUUAAUGUUUCACAGCAUGAGUAAAAAUUAGAUUCAAGAUAGACUCAAGUUGAUAACCCAUUGUCAAAGUAACAUGUGGUAAAAGGAAUCAAGGUAGAAAAUAAAGUUUAACAAAGAGAGAUAUAAUCUAUAAAUUUUAUGGCUUCACUAUCUAAUGAUUAGGCUGCUAAUAAUGAUCUUGAUGAUGAUUUUUUAAGUGAUUUCACUACAUUUUCAAAGCCAUAGGAAAAAGCAAAAGAAGCUAAAAUAGAAGCAGUGUAAUAGGCCAAGCCAAUCAAUCAAAAAGUAGAAGAAAUUAAAAAGGAAUCUUAAUUCAGUUUCAGCAGUGCCUAGCAGAAAUCAGAAGAAAAAAAGAAGAUAAAAGAGACUAAAAUUAUAGUUAAAGAGUAAAAACUUCAGCAAUAGUAACUUGAUUUAGACUUUUUGAGCUUUACAGAUCAUUAAAAACCUAAGGUAGAGGUUAAAGUCAAUUAAUAACUUAAAAAUGAAUAGACCAAUCCUGUAUUCGAUAUCUUGAAUUUUGAUUAGCCUAAGAUUUAAUAGCCAGCUGCUUCUUUAGAUUUCUUAGAAGAUAUGUUCUCAGGAUUACUAGGAAAUACUGUCAGUAAAUAAUUGGCUGCAUAAUCUGAAUAGAAUCAAGAUCAAGAUAAUAAACCAGAUAUAUUAGGAGCUAAAAGUGGUUGGAAUGAAGAAGAAGAAAUUAUCAUUGAAGAAGAACCAGUUGAACUAACUUAAACUGUGGAUUAUCAAGAAUCAUAACAGUUAGUAAUAAAUCAAAAGAUAGUUUAAAAUAUUGAAUCAAACCAAGUCCCAUUAGUACAACAGAUUGAGGAUUAAAGCAAUUAGUUAGACUUAGAUGUUCAAGGUUGGGGUGAUGAGGAAAUAGUAAUUAAAGAUCAUAUUCCUGAUUAUUCACACAAUGAUUAACAAGAAAAAGUUUCUAGUGACCAGCAUUAAGUAGAUCAACAAUAAAUAAAAUUGAAACAGGAAGAAGUUGGCUGGGGAGACGAUGAAGAAAUUUAAAUUGAUGAAGGCAUUAUUGAAUAGAAAUUCCAAGAAAAUUUUGUAAUAUAAUCUAUUCAAGAACCCUUAAAAGCUUUUGAAUAGGCAAAGUAAGAUAUUGCAAUAAUGGAUCAUCCAAAUACUGACUAAAAUUAAGAAGUGUUUGACUUUAUUCCAAAAUCUAGUAAUGAUGAAUAGAACAGCAAUUAAUAAUUAAAUAGCUUAGGAUGGGGAGAUGAUGAUAUAUUAUUAGACGAGAAUAAUGAAGUGGCAUAAAAUCAGAAUAAAAAUGCUGUUGACCUAAUAGAAAAUAACUAGGAAUAUGAAGUUAGUAAGAAUUAAUAGGAAAUUGACUAGCAUUCAAAACAUAUUUCGAAGAAUGAUGAUAUUUCAGAAGAUAUUAAUGAGAUUACUUAAUAAUAGAAUUUUGAUUGGCUUACUACUGAGCAACAACUAGAAAAGGUUGAGGAUAAUGUGCCACCAAGAACUGAAGAUAGAGUAGUUGAGUCUAAUAUCAUUGAAAGUACUCCCACUUAAAUUCAAGAAGAUUAUUUGGCUUAAGCAUAGAUUUAAAACAUAGACUCUGGAGAAUAAGGAUGGGGUGAUGAAGAUUUAAUCAUAGAUGAAUAGGAGACACAUUAGAAUUAGGAUUACGAAGAAAAGAUAGUUAUAAAUGAAUAGGUUCCUGCUGCACUUAUCGAGCAGAUCAAUCAUCAAGAUGAGAUCUAGGAAUAAUAGGAGUAACAACAAUAAUAUGAGGAAGAAGAAAAAGAAUAUGAGUAGAAUUAUUAUGAUGAGGAAGAAUAGUAAAAUAAUGAGUAUGAUCUAAGCCAACUGCAAGAUUUGGUCACAGAAGAGGAAAAGCAGAGAAUGCUAUCAAUGAUGGACUCUAGAAUUAACGAACAAGUUUUAAAGUUCAUCUAGAAUGAAGACGAGGAGCAAAAGAGCGAGGAGUAUGAGGAGGAUAUUAGCAAUCAAGACUAAACUAGUAAUGCUCUUAGAUCAAAUAUCAACUUAGAGUAAACUUAGUAUUAGCAAGACAAAGUUGAAGAGUAAUAGUCAAUCUAAGAUAAUCAUUAACAAGAUAAUUAACCAGAAGUGAAUAGCUAGGAAGAGUCUAAACACUCUGAGUAGGAAAUUUAACAAGAGACUGUUUAGGUAUUCAAAGCUAUACCUUUGUAAAAUGUUGACCUGAUGCUAGAUGACAAUUGGGGUGAUGACGACCUAGGUUUAGACUUUGUAGCAGAUGAUGUUUAAGAUGAUAAGAACUUUGAAGUUGCUCCAAUUGAAGACUAAAAGUAAAGCUAACAUGACAUAAUAGAAUAAGAGGAAUUCAAAGAGUCUGAAAAAGUAAUUGCCUCAACUAAUGUUGAAAUUGAUCUGGAAGAUAUGGGUUGGGGUGAUGAUAUCCUUGACUUGGACGCAAAUGAUUCUAAGAAAGAGUAGGAUAAGCCUAAGGAAAAUAAAGAAUCACAGCUAUAAGCUAAUUUUGAUUUUGACUUAGGAGGUUUGACUUAAGUUAGCAAGGAUAACAACUAAUUAGAUAUUCUUGACAUUAUACUUUAAAAUACUUAAAAAACUCAGCAGGUUCUAAUGCCUGAAUUAUUUAGCUUUGAUUUUACUGGAGCAGACUAACCCAGUAAAAAUGAAGCAUUAACUGGGUAGCAAUUGACUUCUGCCUCAAAGGAAAGAGGUUGGUCUGCUGAUAUGGAUGAUAUACUUCCAGAUGAGGAUAUUGAUAAUCAAUCAAAUGCUUUGAAAUAGUAGAAUGAUUUUGCUUUUGACAUGUUUGCUAGCCAAACAUAGAACUAGAUCAAAUAAGGAUAGGUCAUUGAAGAAAAUGAAGCUCGUGUUUAAGUUAAAGCAGAAUAGUCUGGAUGGGAUGAUGAAGAUAUUAUUGACAUUUGA